UUCCCGGCUGGUCCGGCCCCUUGACGGGAAGUGGGAGCGGGGGGCCGCGCUUGGGCGGCCGAGCCAUGGCAGUGUCCGCGGCCGCUCCGCUGCCCUGCCCGCUCCUCCUGGCCGUCUGCUGGGUGGUGGUCGCGGGGACGGCGGCAGGAGCAAAAGUUCUUCCAUCUCCAUCCAAUUUGAACUAUUCAUUGACCCAUAUCUGUACUCUGACCUGGACAUGGAACCCCCCAGAGAACAUCAGCAGUAGCUGCAACUUGGAGUAUUCCAGUGACAUCGUCAUUAAUGGGGUUCCCGAGGACAGAAGAGAAUGGAGUAAGAGCCGAUUCCGUGUGACGGACGCGCACUUGAAUGAGGAAGUGCGCCUCAGAGUGAGAAGUGAGUGCAAGAAUGACAACACCAGUGAGCCCAGCCCCUGGGUAGAGACCUCCCUCCUGCCAAAAGGUAUUCCAGGUACUGCUGCUGUUGACUUGGGCUGUGUUUGGCACAAUCUGGAGUACAUGGCUUGUACCUGGCAUCGUGGGGAGAAUGCAAGCAGUGACACCAACUACACUUUGUUCUACUGGUUUGAUGGCUUGGAAAACCCUAAGAGCUGUAGCAACUCCUCUGUAGACCAAGGAAUCUUUGAAUGCAUUUUCAGUCUUAGCUUCCCAAAAGACAGGAGAACUUAUCCUGCUAUAAGUAUUUUGAUUAGAGGUGAUUCUGAAGAAGUCAGGCCUGUGUGUGCAAGUAUAAAUCCUUCUACCCUUGUAAAACCUGCCACACCAAGACAAUUGACAUUGUCAAAGAUUAGUGAUAGAAUUGAUGUAGAGUGGAGUGAAUCAGAAACUUUUCCAAAAAGUUGUUUACACUAUGAAGUUAAGUGUUGCAAUGGUGAUUUGGACACUGGUCAGAUCAUUGCAUCUGAAAGGAAUUCUGUGUCAAUUGCUGGCAUUGAUGCUAACAGCAAGUACAGCUUCAGAGUGAGAGCAAAGCCAAAGCGGGAGUGCUACAACAGCCAUCUCCAAAGUGACUGGAGUGAGGAAAAAGCAUUGGUGAGAGACUUGGACUCUACAAUCUAUUUUGUUCUAAUAAUUACCAUUCCAUUAAUAGUAACAGUAUCUACAAUAAUUCUACUGGUUUAUCUAAAAAGGCUGAAGAUAUUAAUUCUUCCACCAAUUCCGGACCCUAGAGAAAUUCUCAAGCGCAUGUUUGGAGAGCAGAACGAGGAUUCCCAGAGCUCUGCAAAGGAUGAUCCCAUGAAUGCUUUUGACAGGUUAAUUAUAGAAGAAGAAAUUCAUUCUUUAAUUUUAACAGAAACUUCAGAGAGCACUAAUGCUGAAAAAGAAAACAGGUAGACUCUGCUUUAUCAGUGAAAGAGGAGGAAUUCCUGCUCCUGUACCUCAGGUGACUGUAGAUGUGAAGAGGCCUGUGAGCCACUGGCCAGCUCUUCCUUCUCUGAAGAUGCAUCACUAACAGUGACUGUUCUUCCAUCUCUGCCAGAAAUACCCAUCUGAGCUCAGUCAGGAUGAGCACGUGUGUAAUCCCAUGGGACUGCAUUGUGGUUCCCUGCUCUGGCUUCAGCCAGCUCUGCCCUGCAAUUGUUACUGCCACUUGCACUUGUGUUUGUGCCUCACACCACACUGUCAGGGUUGUUUGUUUGUUUUGGUUUUUGUUUUUGUGGGGUUUUUUGUUUGUUUGUUUGUUUUUUGUUUGGUUGUGGGUUUUUUUGUUGUUGUUUUUGGGGGGUUUUUUUGUUUGUUUUUGUUUUGGAUCAAGCACUGUGACUUCUCUGAAGUGUUUGGCUCUGUUUGCAGUGGGUGGGAUGGGUCAUUCGUGCUACUACGUGGGGUGGCAGAGCAUGGACUGUUUGUAGAUAACCCUUUGUGUGCCUGGGCUGGGCACUCUCUGGAGGGCACGUAUGGACUGAGCUUCCUGUGCUUCUGCCCAUCAGCUGGGGCUUGGUCAAAUCCCACCAAAGAGGGUUUUAAUUUGCAAAUGUGUUUGAAAAGCCUCUGCUUUCCAGCUGGUGUUCAGAAUAUUCAUAAAAAAGGCUUAGUUUUGUUAUCCUGUCAAUUGCCUGUCCUCAGAUGCCUUGCCUUCGUGGACUUCUUGGGUUAAUUAUACUUUGAGUAAAAGGAGAAAUAGAAGUUUUUUACUUGUUCUGUGCAGUAGCAGAUAAGUGUAUUGAAUCUCACCAGACUGUGAUUCUACUUUGGCCAUAUUGGCCUGAAGACACCUGAUUUUUAGCAGCUAAGUUGUCCUGAGCCUGUCCAAUAAAAAAUAUUAGGAUGGAUGCAUGAGUCUAAGGAGCUGUGGUCAAAAGGAUUAGCAAAUAUUAAACCACUGAAACCCAACUAAUUCAAAGGCUUCAAGACCCAUCCUUACUGCCAGACUGAUGGAUCUGGGGAAGAGGGGGUGACAACCUUGACCUGUUUUCUAAGAGAUAAGUUUUAUUCUUUCUAUAGUGGUGAGACUCUGAUUGGAGCUUCCCCUCUAGGACUUAGCAAUGUAAAACAAGGUGCUGAUUUGACUUUUAAAAAAAUAUUUCUUCUAUAUUUUACUGUAACAGUUUGACAGGUGUUUUUGAUGUUGUUUUGUUCAUUCUUUGAUGGUUUUGUUUUGAGGAUUCUUUACCCAGCAAAGCUCAGCAGGUGUUUUCUGUAAAACUGUGACAUUUUUCUGCUCUGCAUUCUCAGCAUUAGUUUCUGCCCUGUGCUGCAAGGGUGGUUACAGUGGUACCUUGAUUGUGCUGGAGGAAGAAGAUAAUGGAAUGGGGAGAAAAGGAUCCAUGGAAGCCCUUUAUGGUUAGUGCUCAGGGAUUUCUUGCUCCUUCCAGAUAAGUGUAGACAUGUGAGUCAUGGACAUGGGCAGUCUUAGCAGACUGGGAAGAGAUGUGACAGGCCUUCUAGGAGCAGACUUUAUAGCUACUAACCUUUGAAAGUUCAUCCCUGUCUUCAAACUCCGUUCAGUCAAAAAAGUGAAACUAAAUGCUAUAUUUUUAGAACAUAUUGUUCUGCAAGAAGUAGAAUUAGUACCACAGGCUUUUUAGCUACAAAUGUGCAUCUUUUAUGCACUUAUGUAUUCCCUCCUUAUCAAUAAAUCCAGUUCUUUCCCCAUUGUUCGCUGAGCCUCUCAAAUACAGUUUUUUUCCAUGUCUUUUAUCCUCCUUUUGUUAGUGGUAGAAAGGAGAGGAGAAAUGUAGCAGAACUAGCAGACCCCCUAUUAACACAUGCCUUUUACCUCCCAUCAGGCUAUAAAAACCCCAACAUUAUAAAAAUUAGUAAACAAGACAAAAUAAAAAUAAAGCCUCAGGGAUUUCAGUGAGAAAAAACUCAGGUUAUACAAAGUCAGCUAGUAGCACUCUCUGAAAUUCCAGAGAUUAAGGAAUAGUAUGAGGAAAAGAGUAAUUACAUUCCUUGCUGAAUUCAUUCCCUCUGCAACACUGAUGUCCUUAAAAUGAUAAAUAUUCCUUCAAUCUACCUCAUCUGGAAUGUUGCUCAACAUAGACCACUAGAGAGAUAUGUAUAGUUUCAAGAUAAGUAAACAUGUAAUAAAAAGUGUAAUAAAAAGGUUUGUAGCUUUCAGCAUAGCAAUCUAGGAAAAUCACUACUUACCCCUAAAUUCUUUUGACUUUUAUGCUGGUGUCUAUGACAAACCCAAAAUUUAUUUGCUUUUAAAGAAAAACCAAACCAACAAAAAACCCCAAAUUUGUAAAGCCAUAGAAUGGGAAAAAAAAAUGGAUGGUAGGUGUUGGGCCAAAAGGAAGAUUUAAAUGCUAAGGAUGGUUUAAGUCACUGUAUAGAAAGGUUUUAAAUAACACUAGUUGACACUUCCUCGUGGAUUCAUUUAUUGAGCCUGUGUUUCAGCAUGUAAAGCAAAUAUCUGAAUAUACUUUCACCUUUAACAUUUUUUUUUAAGGUAAGAGGUUUUUUAGCUUGAAAUUAUCUAGAUUUUGCUAUGAUUUAUUUUUUUUCUUCAUUGCAGUUACUUGAUCUGUAAAUUUGUUCAAAGAGUGAAUAAAUGUGAUUGAAUGCUUUUCA